UGUGUGUGUGUGUGUGUGUGUGUGCACCGCUCCGGAAUUAUUUUUCGAUAGGUCUGGUCCCCCGUAACGUUGCGAAUUUCGUCGCAGCUCGCGUCCGAAUUGCCUCUGACCUUUCUCUAUUUUAGCUCUUAGGUUAAUUAUCGUAAGACGUGAGCGGAAAUUGUAGGUUAAGCGUUUUACGUCGUAUGGCUUUUUGUUUAUUUUCUAAGGUAGUUUGCGGUUAGGUUUGCGGUUUUAGGUUCAAAUGGGGCGGGCGACGCCGCGCUGCGAGACCUUUACGGGUCCUCGCGAUGGGUUGUUUCGGCAGCAAGGACAAACUGUCAAAGGAGGACAUGGACUUUCUCAAAUCCCACACGCGGUACGACGAGAGCACCAUCAAGGAAUGGUACAAGGGUUUCAAGCAAGACUGUCCCAACGGCAGACUGACGCCCGCCAAGUUCGUCGACAUGUACAAGAUGUUCUUCCCUAGCGGCAACGCGGAAGAGUUCUGCGACCACGUGUUCCGCACAUUCGAUAUGGACAAAAACGGGUAUAUCGACUUCAAGGAAUUCCUGCUGGCGAUCGAUGUAACGUCGAGCGGCACGCCAGAGGAGAAGCUCAAGUGGGCCUUCAGGAUGUACGACGUCGACGGCAACGGCGUUAUCGAUAUACAGGAGAUGACGAAGAUUGUGCAGGCGAUCUACGACAUGUUGGGCGCGUGCUCGUCGAACAGGCCCGCGGAUUCGGCCGAGGAACGGGCCAAGAACAUCUUCGCCAAGAUGGACGAGAACAACGACGGUCAGCUAACGCAGGACGAGUUCCUGAAAGGGUGUCUGCAGGACGAGGAGCUGUCGAAGAUGCUGGCGCCUUAAUAAGCCUAACCGCCGACCGGCCGGUGCCCGCGCGCCCCGCCCUCUCCCUCCAACCCCCCCACUCUGACAACUAUGUAUAGGUGUUUAGUGUGACGGCGGCGUCGCUCGUCGCGCCACCUCGCGGGUUCAACACCGACGAUAUACAGAGAGACACGCACUUGUACAUACAACUGUUCGGCAUUUUUUUAAUAUAUUAUAUAUACAUAUAUAUAUAUAUAUAUAUAUAUAUAUAUAUAUAUAUAUAUAUAUAUAUAUAUAUAUAUAUAUAUAUAUAUAUAUAUAUAUAUAUAUAUAUAUAUAUAUAUAUAUAAAAUGUGUGUAGCUGGCAUCCGCACAAGUCCGCCACGCCCCCCAGACCAAGCGCCCCCCCCCCCCCCGGCGAUCCGCUCCGAGUGUCCGGUUAAAGAACUUAAGAAAUAGGAAAGCCGCGUUGUCAGAUCUGCCUGGAAAACAAAAAAGAAAACUCAAUUUUUAUCGGUAUUUUAUACAGGACCCAAAAAUGCGCGUCAAAUGACGGCCGAAACUCAUUUUCGUUACUUUUAAAUUAAACCGUUUAAGGGGACAUUCGACCGGGGCCGCCCUAUACAUUUCGAGUCAAUUACGCCGAAAGGGAUAGGUCCGGGCAACGCGUUUGUGACCGCGACCCUCCCCUUUCUUCUUUCCUUCUGUGCAUUUACUUAGGGUUUAGUACGUGCAAUGAACAAUCUACGACCAGGCUAUUGCCCACUCGUCUAUAUCUACAUACGGACACAAAGCCACACACACACACACAAACACACAGUUUGCAGAUUUAUCAGUGUUUUACGACGUAAGUCUAUCUAUCUAUCUUCUUUCUCGUGUAAUUCUUAAGCAUAUCACAGGUUUUCGGGGUUUCGGACGUUGCCCCGCCGAAAACACGGUCGCUCCGCACGUCUCCCGCUUACACUUUACUUCUGUAAUACGUUCGCGAACGCGGGACAAAUUUUAGAUCCUUACAAUGUAACACCCGCUUCAUUACAGUGUAAAAUGGUAUGUAGUAGCCGGGAAACCCCGCAACAUAAGAUUACGCUGUAAGCCGAAGAGUAUUUACAUUGUAAUGCUCGCCGAAGCACAUCAAGCUUCCGAUUUCGGCGCGCGUGUCGAGUCGCCAUCAAUUAACGCGGCGCGAUUAAGGUGGUCCGAUCUCACGCGAAGUUUCUUCCGCUACUUGGGUGUUUGUCUUGGAGGUUGCCAGGGCGAUCGCGGCGCCCGCCUCAACGCGUUCGCACGUGACGGCGGCGGCGACUUUUUAAUCGGCCGCGGACAUGCCAAAGCGCCGUAAUCACGAUACGUCUCAGUCACGGGGGGGCCACAGUGUGCAACCGGAGCGGCCAGCGGUCUUCGCGUCGGGCAACUGCGCGCGUCAUCCGCCAUAGUUUACACGACACGUAAGUUUGCGAUUGGUUUCCGGUCCACCGCGCUUGAAACCUUACAGUGUCACCCAAUUCCCUGCAGUGUUAUAAAUAUACAGGGUACCUCUGGUUGACGCUGUAAGCGCAUAGAAGACGACGCGAGGAUGGUCCGUUGUAAGCGCGAUAUGAAGUUGUCAACUUACAGUGUAACUGUCCUAGAUUACUGUGCCACUCGAUUACUGUAAUCUUAUAAAUAUGUAAACUCACAGGGUACCUAUGGUUGACGCUGUAAGCGCACAGAAGACGACGCGAAGAUGGUCAGUUGCUCUAUAAAGCUCGACGCAAUGUAACGCUUACAGUGUAACCCGGCGAAUGUCUUUGACGCUGAAAGCGCGAUAUGAAGGUGUCGACUUACUGUGUAACUGUCGGAGUUUGCCGCUUACUGUAUGUAAGCUUACAGAGUAUAUCUAAUCGACUCUGUAAGCGUAUAGAGGACGGUGUAAAGAUGUUCAAUUGUCAUGUGAAGGUCGUGUAGCGCUUACAGCGUUCCACCACGAACGCCGACUUACAGUGUAAAUUGUCGAUGUAAGCUUGGUUCGCGACCUGCGCCGUCCGCUUCCCCAACCCUCGACAUAUUUAGUAACCGAGAUGUGAUAACGCGUUAUCAUCCGUACUUAGGUCAGACCUAACGGACCGGACUAAAAAAAACUAUUUUUCCAACGUUAUUAUUGCUUUCUCUCUUCUGUCCGUAUUUUUCUACUCGAGCACACACUUUGUACGAUACGCGCCGAUGUAUUUGCGCUUCAUUUUUUAGAUGUCGUAGCGUGUAAGGAAUGGUAAUUAAUGUAAGCGAAGGUGGAACCGUUACAUAUGUGUAGGCGUACGAGAAAAUCAGAGGCAAUUCUUAGAAGUUAAGGACUAAUACAAAUAAAAGAGUUAAUUAACGCAAUUUUA